GGGGAGGUCGUUGUCCCGGCGCCGUCGUCCCGGCCGCGAGCGCCAUGGCGGAGGAGGUGAGCACCCUGAUGAAGGCCACGGUCCUGAUGCGGCAGCCCGGGCGGGUGCAGGAGAUCGUGGGCGCCCUCCGCAAGGGCGGGGGAGACCGCUUGCAGGUCAUUUCUGAUUUUGACAUGACCUUGAGCAGGUUUGCAUAUAAUGGAAAACGAUGCCCUUCUUCUUACAACAUUCUGGAUAACAGCAAGAUCAUCAGUGAGGAGUGUCAGAAUGAGCUCAAAGCACUCCUUCACCACUAUUACCCAAUUGAGAUUGACCCACACCGGACCAUCAGAGAGAAGUUACCUCAUAUGGUGGAAUGGUGGACCAAAGCACACAAUCUCCUGUGCCAACAGAAGAUUCAGAAGGUUCAGAUUGCCCAGGUGGUUAGAGAGUCCAAUGCAAUGCUUAGGGAGGGAUACAAGACGUUCUUCAACACCCUCUACCAGAACAACAUUCCCCUUUUCAUCUUUUCCGCGGGCAUUGGUGACAUCCUGGAGGAGAUUAUCCGACAGAUGAAAGUGUUCCACCCCAACAUCCACAUCGUGUCAAACUACAUGGACUUUGAUGAAGACGGUUUCCUCCAGGGAUUCAAGGGCCAGCUCAUACACACAUACAACAAGAACAGCUCCGUUUGUGAGAACUCUGGGUACUUCCAGCAGCUUCAGGGCAAAACCAACAUCCUCCUGCUGGGAGACUCCAUGGGGGACCUCACUAUGGCUGAUGGGGUUCCUGGUGUGGAGAACAUUCUCAAGAUUGGCUUCUUAAAUGACAAGGUGGAAGAGCGGCGGGAGCGCUACAUGGACUCCUACGACAUUGUGCUGGAGAAGGACGAGACACUGGACGUGGUCAACGGGGUGCUGCAACACAUCCUGCCCCGCGGGGACUGGAGAGAGACGCAGGGCUCCUGAGCGUGGGCAGGGGGCCAGGCGCUGCGGGCUGCGGGGAAGGGGGAGCCUCGCCAGGAGGCCACCCUGUGGGGAGCGUUGCUGCUCCCUGUGUGUGCGUGGAGUCCCAGGGGGUGCACCUGCCGAGCCCAGCCUCUCCCUGCUCCUCUCCCAGCGUCUUCUGUGGUGUUCUCCGGAGGCUGGCGGGAGGCCCUUGCCGGAUGGGAGGGCCAGCCAGGUGAACACAGGACCUACAGAGUGUUAGCACUCUAGGGACCAACUAGUCCAAGGGUUCUUCCCCCACCCCCAGUUUUUAAACACGGGAAGCUAGUCUUCAAACAAAUCUAAUGUGUUAAACAGAUCAAAAUAAAAAAAGGAAAAAACA